UUUCUCACUCUCCAUUUCUCCAUGCUUCUGGACUCUUCUUUUCCCAUAGAUCCUUAAAGCUUCGACGCUCAGAUCUUCGAAGUUCUGUUCAAUUUUCCAACUUUUUCCAGUUCAGUUUUCAGUUAUGGAACAGAAGAAACGGAAGAUCUGGACGCAGUCCAUCUUGCUACUAGUCAUCGGCUGCUUCUUUUCUCAGCUCUCCGCUUCUUCUGAUGUGAAAUUGUAUGAGUCAUUCGAAGAUGCAUUUGAGGGGAGAUGGAUAGUGUCUGAAAAAGAGGAUUAUAAAGGAGUGUGGAAACAUUCAAAGAGUGAGGGGCAUGAGGAUUAUGGCCUUCUUGUGAGUGAGCCGGCUAGAAAGUAUGCUAUUGUCAAGGAACUUGAUGAGGUUGUCAAUCUCAAAGAUGGAACUGUUGUACUCCAAUAUGAAGUUCGCCUCCAGAAUGGUCUUGAAUGUGGUGGUGCUUAUAUAAAAUAUCUUCGCCCCCAGGAUGCUGGGUGGGUGGCCAAGGAGUUUGACAAUGAGUCUCCCUAUUCUAUCAUGUUUGGGCCUGAUAAAUGUGGAGCAACUAACAAAGUUCAUUUCAUUUUGAAGCAUAAGAACCCAAAGAGUGGGGAGUAUGUUGAACACCACCUUAAAUACCCACCUUCUGUACCUUCUGACAAACUAACCCACGUUUACACUGCUGUAUUGAAACCUGACAAUGAACUGUCCAUCUUGAUUGAUGGAGAAGAGAAAAAGAAGGCUAACUUCCUCUCCUCUGAAGACUUUGAGCCACCUCUUAUCCCAGCCAAGACCAUUCCUGAUCCUGAUGAUAAGAAGCCUGAGGACUGGGAUGAGAGGGAAAAGAUUCCAGACCCAGAUGCAAAGAAACCAGACGAUUGGGAUGAGGAUGCACCAAUGGAAAUUCCAGAUGAGGAUGCUGAGAAGCCUGAAGGAUGGUUGGAUGAUGAGCCUGAGGAUAUUGAUGACCCUGAGGCCACAAAACCUGAAGAUUGGGAUGAUGAGGAGGAUGGUGAGUGGGAGGCUCCCAAAGUUGAUAACCCAAAGUGUUCUGAGGGCCCUGGUUGCGGGGAGUGGAAAAGACCAAUGAAGCAAAACCCAGCUUACAAGGGAAAAUGGCACGCUCCCCUCAUUGACAACCCCAGUUACAAGGGCAUUUGGAAGCCUAGAGAGAUCCCAAACCCUGAUUACUUUGAACUUGACAAACCCAACUUUGAGCCAAUUGCCGCAGUUGGAAUUGAGAUCUGGACAAUGCAAGAUGGCAUCUUGUUUGACAAUGUCCUCAUAGCUACUGAUGAAAAAGUUGCAGAAUCUUAUAGACAGACUGCAUGGAAGCCUAAGUUUGAUGUCGAGAAAGAGAAACAGAAGGCCGAGGAAGACACAGAUUCUGAUGGCCUCAAAGGCUACCAGAAAGUGGUAUUCGAGCAGCUAUAUAAGAUUGCCGACCUCCCCUUCUUGGGUGAACACAAGGGCAAAGUACUGGAUCUACUUGAGAAGGCUGAGAAACAACCAAACAUCACAAUUGGAGUAAUCGUCUCUGUCAUAAUCGUUGUCCUUACAAUAUUAAUCAAGCUUCUCUUUGGCGGAAAGAAGCAAAUACCUGCUAUACCUGUUGAAGAAUCCAAGAAGAGCGAAGCUGCAGAGAGUUCAAACAGCCAAGGAGCGUCUGACGAGAAGGAAGAGAAGGAAGAAGAGCAUAACGAGGAUGGCGCUGCACCGGCUAGGCGGAGGACUAGGCGUGCUAACUAGGAAUAGGGGAUGAAAAGCACUAGUACAUCUUUUUGACAUUUUUGAAAUUGUAGUUUUUUUCCGUGUAUGCGAUUCAGCAACUCUACAAGGUGUGUUUUCAAAACGAUAGUGUAUAUUAGACUCAAUCUGUUUGGCUUAUCAUUGGCGGCUUAAUUUUGGCCUCUAUAGAACAUUUGUGCAACGGAUAUUUUCUUCUCUUCUAGUAUUUAAUUUAAUGAACGGAUAUUAUUAUUUGGCUUA